AUGAAGUCUCUUGCUGUUGUUCUCGGUGCGGUAGGGCUGGUUGCUGCCCAUGGCUAUGUCGACAAUGCAACCAUCGGAGGCAACUAUUACCAGGCAAGCCCGCCCUCCACAUCCAAACACUGUUUGAUCAUUACUAACGAUCUUGACAAUAUACCAUAUUCUGACCCCUAUAUGAACCCGGCACCUCAACGUGUUGAACGACCGAUCCCUGGCAAUGGCCCCGUCCAAGACGUCACCUUGAUCGACAUUCAGUGUAACGGAUGGUCGGCGGGCGGCACGGUCGGCUCUAAGCCGGCGCCCCUACACGCCCCUGCCGCAGCUGGCUCGGCUGUGACUCUGCAUUGGACACUUUGGCCCGACUCGCACGUCGGUCCGGUCAUCACGUACAUGGCUCGAUGUCCUGAUUCUGGAUGCCAGAGUUGGCAGCCUGGAACCUCAGCUGUUUGGUUCAAGAUCAAGGAGGGUGGUCGCGAUGGCACAUCGAACAACUGGGCAACCACCCCGUUCAUGAGACCAGGCUCGAGUUACGUGUACAAUAUUCCUUCAUGCCUCAAGAGCGGCUACUACCUCGUGCGCCACGAGAUCAUCGCUCUACACGCCUCGUCUCAGUACCCCGGUGCGCAGUUUUACCCAGGAUGCCACCAGCUUCAGGUCACCGGUGGCGGUUCGACCGUGCCUUCGUCAAACCUCGUCGCCUUCCCUGGAGCCUACAAGGGAAGCGACCCUGGCAUUACCUAUGAUGCAUACAAACCCCAGACAUACAUCAUUCCAGGGCCCAAGGUCUUUAGUUGCUAA